AUGUUUAUAAAAAAGAUAAAUAUCAAAUAUUUAUCAUUUUCAUUAUUAGUGUAUUUUAUUUAUAAUGCAUAUGUUUACAAUACCAUAAAGCUUCAAAAAUGUUUUAACUAUGAACAUAAAAAAGGAAAUUUCUUCGUUUCUUCCUUGGUUUUAGACGGAAAAGAUUUAAAAGGAAGAAGAAAUAAAGGCAUUAUAAAUUUUAUAAGAAGUAAUAUUAUUACUACUAAUAAAUUUAAAUUGAUUAAGAAAAAAAAUGUACAUAAACAUAAAAAUUUUCUAUUGAAAAGUAGAAAAUGUGAUGGUUAUAGAAAUACAAAAGAAGGAAAAGAAGAAACCAUUAGAAAAAUAAAACGAAUUCUAAAAGUUACCAAACUAUUAAUACAGUUAAAUAGUUUUAAAUUAUCACCGAACUUACGAAUGGAUUUAUUAAUUAAUAUGCCUAGACCUCAUGUACGUAUGCAUAUGGUAAAAAAUACUUUGAUGAAGUUAUCCGUAAAAAAUACACCUUUUGAAGCUAUUACUCCAUAUUUAAAAGAAAGUAAUGUAUAUUUAUUUAUAAUG